CACUGGUGCACUGUGGGAUUGCUGAAUAUUGACAUGGCAACCAGGCGACAGAGCCAGCAGGAUUUUUUUGUACACUCCUGAAUAGUUGUUGCUGUCUCCUCUGCGUUUAAGCCCCUUAGCUUGACGUUCGCCCGCUGCCAUGAACGUGGCGGUGGUGAAGAAGACCCAGGACACGCUGGGCAAAGUGAUAAAGAAACCUCCUCUCACGGAAAAGCUGCUAAGCAAGCCGCCGUUUCGAUACCUUCACGACAUCUUCAGCGAGGUCAUCAAGACCGUAGGUUUUAUGAAAGGUCUGUAUGGUGAAAAUGAAAUGAAGUCCGACAAUGUUAAGGAUAAGGACUCCAAGAUAGUCUUCCUCCAGAAGGCAAUAGACGUGGUGAUGCUGGUGAGUGGCGAGCCCCUGGGGGCGAAGCCGGCACGCAUUGUGGCCGGACAUGAGCCCGAGAAAACCAACGAGCUGCUGCAGGUCAUGGCCAAGUGCUGCAUCAACAAGAUGUCCAGUGACGAUGCCGUGAAGCGAGUGCUUGCCGGAGAAAAGGUGGACAUAAAGACCAAGGCCAGCACCACCAGGUCCCAGGACAAGGAGAAUAGGGAAGGACGCGAACGUCCUCUUGAUCGAGAGGAGAGGAAGACGAUUACAGACCGCAGCGGGAGCCGAGACCACAAGGACCCGGACCAGCCCAAGGAGCCGCAGAGCCGACGCAGGGAUGGGGAGAAGGAGCAGCACGGCGCCAGAGAGCGCUCAGAAAAGGACCCCCGCGCCAAGGACAAGAGCCGGGAUCGGGAGCGAGACAAAGGACGGGGGAAAGACAGGGACAAGGAGAGGGACAGAGAGAGGGAGCCAGAGAGGGAGCCAGACAAAGACCGAGAUAAGGCGAGAGACUCUCGCGGAGCCCGGGAAAGAGACAAGGACAAAAGAAGGGCCCGAGGCAAAGACAGGGAGCGCCACAAAGAGCGGGAAGAGCGGAGCAAAAGUGGAGAGAGCGGCAAUAGCAAGGCCAGAGUGUCAGAGGAACCACAGCAGGCGGCGAGCCCCGAGCCCAGCAAAACAGCCAAACCUGUGCCAGCCGAUGAAACACCAGGCGAGGAGCCUGCAGAAGCAGUUGAGAACCAGCCUGACAGUCCAGCUAGAAUACCUCGGCCUUCAUCUGCCAAAGGGCAGAGGCGGAGACCCAAAAUUGGAGGUCAAGAUGAAUCUGACAGCGAGGGAGACGGAGAUGCUCUGUUAGCCCAGAGACCGCCGCCCCAAGAAAAUGGAGAGACUGCAGCGUCCUCGGUGCCAUUUGACGUGGCCUCCAGGCGGAUGCCACGGCCGGGCAGCGCUCGCCCAGCCCCCCCCCGAGUCAAGAAACAGGAAAGCUCCGAUGUGACGCCGGCUGAGAGCAGGCUGUCCAGUGCCAAGCCCCCAGCACCAGUCAUCAUGGACGGGAAGGUGCUGUCUGAUGACGAGGAGGACGAAGAUGAGCAAUUUCUCGUGGAGGAGGCGGUGCCUCCGCCCGCGGAGGCUCCUGACAUGGAGGCGGGGCAGGACCUCAACGGCGAAGACAAACAUGGCAGCCUCGUGAAGAAGAUCCUCGAGACCAAGAAAGACUAUGAAUUGUCCCCGUCGUCCCCCAAAUCCAAAGAGCAGGGCUUUGUGUCUGACGCUGCAAAGAAGAAAGAGCGGGAAAUGGUGACGCGGGAGAUAGAGCGCCUGCGCUCGUCCAUCCAGACGGUGUGCCGCAGCGCCCUGCCCUUGGGUAAGAUCAUGGACUACAUACAGGAGGACGUGGACGCCAUGCAGGCUGAACUGCGCGCCUGGCGGCGGGAGAACAAGGAGCACGCGCAGGCUUUGCUGCAGGAGCAGAGAGUGACGGACAGGGCGGUGGAGCCUCUGAAGUCGGAACUGGCUGAGCUGGAGCAGCUGAUCAAGGACCAGCAGGACAAGAUUUGUGCCGUGAGAUCCAACAUUCUGAAGAAUGAGGAGAAGAUCCAGAAGAUGGUGACAGGAAUCAACUUCUCCUCCAGGCCCUGACGUGACAAACUAACUGUAGUUAGAAGAAAAGAAAGACCAAAUAAAUGCACUGGAUGUCUGGGGAUGAACAGUGUCUCGUUCACAAUGAUGGUAAGACGAGAGUUGUUCUUCUCUGAGACCAAACGCUGAACCUUGAGCUGGUUUUGUCACAAAAGGAGAUGGACCCAAACAUAUCAGGCACCAUCUGUAGGUGUUGGUAAAUAGAGGCUCCAAGUGAUGGCUUGGAGGUCCGACUCUACUCUUCUAUCUGCUUUGAAUGACUGAUGCAUACAUUAACUGAAUCUUCUUGCUCAGCGCACUAAACUGACCGACCAUCUACCCCUUUCCUGUAAUGGUGCCUUUGUGAAACAAGCCUGUGCACAGUUCACUUAAUAGCUGCAUUUCAUUUGGGAUGAUGUCAUCAAAAGCCCUAUAUAUUCACUAUAUAGAGUAGUAAAACAUAAACGUUUGUUUUCUCACUCCUGAUCCCUGAACUUCAAUUUGAAACCUAUUUACUUUCUGUUUAACUUUUAUUUUUUUAACCGAGCAGAAAAGUUGUGGCACAUUGUGGUGGGUUUUGUUUCAUUGCCUCUUGGCUGUGGGGGAACUUUUAAUCCAGUUAGUGCUGUUUCCAAGGUGAAUAUGACAUCUGCUCUAGUAUUUGUUCAACAAGCAAUACACAAGUAAUUAAAUAUGUAUCCAACUACAGUUUCAAGGGCUGGCGAAUGAAGCCAAGAAGAGGACUGUUGAGUCCUGAUGGGCGGAUUGAUUGAAAUGUACGUUACAUGUCGUACUGGGCUUUUCUUUUGCUUUCAAACUUUGUUCUUUACGCUUCCUUCUUCAAGUUACUCUUCCAAAACAAAUGAAGAAAAGAAAGAGAUUGAUUCUGUUUUUCAAAAACUAAACAAUGUUGUAAAUAUGGACAAAAAAUGUGAUUGACAGAUGUAGCAAAUACGACAACAUGAGGCAACACUAGGCCGAUAAUAGGAGCAAAAAAGGAUAAAAGUGAGUGUGAAAGAAACCACUGACCCGGUUUCCUUACCACAAUGUGUGGAUGAAAUGCAAACAACAGAAGAUCAGACCAGUCAUGGGGAUUCCUUGCAUAGUGGGCGUUUUCCCCUCUGAGAAUGUAGUUAACAUAUUCUAGUACCAAUGUAGUUUUAAAUUGCCGUUAUUACUUGGACAACUGUGGGUUGCUACCUCUAGUUCUACUGCACGGAUUCAUUUCCAGUGUUUACACCAAAUUAUUUUUAAAAGUCUUGGUUUGAUUGAUGAAUGUAAGCCAUUAUUCUUACGUACAUGGUCAGUACAAUAGUUGUGUUAAUGGCCAUAAACAGGAAAACAAUGCAGUCGAGUUUCACUCAUUCGACCUUCAACAAACUGCCUUUGCUCAGUGCUAAUUUGAAUUUGAUCCAUUUGACUGAUCUUUUUGAGAGCCUCUCAUUAGGAGGAGCCAAAGGUUUCAUUUGUAGUCUUAUUUGACUUCUUUUUCACAUCAGUAUUGUAUUUAGUCCAUCAAAUGUAAUCUGUUAAAGUCAGCUAUAGAGAUAUUACAUAAACCUGUGGAAAGUGAGAACCUGCGUGUUUGUCUUAUAUGAAACAAUGUAAACUACUUGUAUCAUAAUCUUUAAACUGUACAUUUUGUAUAUGUGGAGAUUGUAUCAUAGUUCAAAAAUUAUAUAAUUUUGUAGUGGCGUGCAAUAAAUGGUUACGUUGCAGUAAA